AUGCACAUAGGCUCGUCGCUCUGGUUGCACCUCACCAUCGCCCACCGCAUCGAUGUCGCCCCUGUUCAUAGCCGCAGCGUCCUCUCUGUCCGCGUUUCAAAGAUUUUAUUCUAUUACUUCGUCCCAUUCGCUUCUUCUCCCCGAUCCCCUUCCGUCCCACACACGCACUCCCCUCCAUCGCUCACGCAUCCUCGCUCCAACGAGCACGCUCCCUCCCCUCCCGUCUCCUUUGCGCAAUCCCCAUUGUCGCGCACGCUCGCUUCCCAGGGUUGCGGAUUACAAAUUCCUUCCGUCGCCCACGCGCACUCCGUGCCCGCCGCGCGCACUCCCUUCCGCCGCCCCCGCCCAAGACCUUCCCGUCGCCCACGCUCACUCGCUUCCCAUCGCCUUCGCGCAAUCGUUCCGUCGCCCACUCUCACUCACUUCCGUCGCCUGCGCUCACUCCCGUCGCCCGCGCUCACUCCCUUCCCGUCGCCCACGCUCACACCCUUCCCAUCGCCUUCGCGCAAUCCUUCGGUCGCACACGCUCACCCCCGCUCGUCGCACACGGCCAAUUCCCUUCGUCCCACGCUCACUCCUCCCCGUCGCGCACGCUCUCUCCCCAUCCGUCGCCCACGCUCACUGCCCAGUCAGCGCAUGCAGCGUACGACAGGGCAACGGUUUAUUUCCAGGUGCAGAGCCAUCCCUCACCUCCGCAUCCCUCACCUCCCCAUCCCUCACAUCCCCAUCCCUCACAUCCCCAUCCCUCACAUCCCCAUGCCGCAUCUCCCCGUCCCUCACCUCCCCAUGCCUCUCCUCCCCAUCCCUCACCUCCCCAUCCUUGCUGCUGUUGCUGUAAAUGAUGCGGAAACCCGCCCUGGAUGGGGUGGACGCGAGGUGGAGGAGUGGGGGCGAGUCGUCGUGCUGAGUCGGGGGCGCCGCGACACCGUGGGAGGCACCAUUUCUGCCCCACCCCUUUCCGCCCCAACCCCUUUCCGCCCCACCCCUUUCCGCCCCACCCCAUUCCGCCCCACCCCAUUCCGCCCCACCCCAUUCCGCCCCACCCCAUUCCGCCCCAACCCAGUCUGCCCCACCCCAUCUCCUCCCCACCCCUUUCCGCCUCACUCCAUUCCCCUCGAUCCUAUUUUCCCCCAGCCCCCUCUCCCCUGUUUACCCCCUUCCCGCCCCUUCACCAUCUUCUGCAGGGACAAACGGAAGCGGGUGCUACAGCUGCUGCUGUGCUCGUGCUACAGCUACGCGAGAUGCGGUGCUCUGCGCUGCUCUGGGGCUCUGCGGUGCUGUGCUGUGCUCUGCUUGACGCACACCCAUCCUCUCCUCUCCCCAUCCUCUCCUCUCCCCAUCCUCUCCUCUCCCCAUCCUCUCCUCUCCCCAUCCUCUCCUCUCCCCAUCCUCUCCUCUCCCCAUCCUCUCCUCACCCCAUCGUCUCCUCUCCCCAUCCUCUCCUCUCCCAUCCUCUCCUCUCCCCAUCCUCUCCUCUCCCCAUCCUCUCCUCUCCCCAUCCUCUCCUCUCCUCAUCCUCUCCUCUCCCCAUCCUCUCCUCUCCCCAUCCUAUCCUCUUCCAUCCUCUCCUCUCCCCAUCCUCUCCUCUCCCAUCCUCUCCUCUCCCAUCCUCUCCUCUCCCCAUCCUCUCCUCUCCCAUCCCAGGCGAGCAUGACAGACGCCCAGACGACCUGCAUGGACGUGCUGCCUUCGCUUGCUCCUGUUUUCAGCAUGUCAAAGGCCCAGACGAGCCACAUUGCAAAAGGGACAGGAAGAUGGAAACACACAAGACUAUAG